AUGGCCGACAGACGCCUCUCCAAGUUCCUGCAGAAACUCGCCUUCUUGGGCGCCGACCGCAAGUACGAGGUGCUGGAGAGGAGCGAGGAGGAAGCCUUGAUCGAUGGAUACUCUGAGCUGCGAGCCGUUGAGAAGGAGAAGGCCGUGGUCGCCCUGCCACCUGGGGAGGCGUGCAAGUGCCACCGAGAGGACCUGGCCCGGGCGUUUGACGUGGACUUGCGCACUGGGCUGUCCGAGUCCUCGGUGACGCAGCGCAGGCUGGUCCACGGCUGGAACGAGUUUGUCGCCGACAACACCGAACCCAUGUGGAAGAAAUACCUGGAGCAGUUUAAGAACCCCCUGAUCCUGCUCCUGCUGGGCUCCACCUUGGUGAGCGUCGUCACGGGGGAGUACGAGGACGCCGUGAGCAUCGCCCUGGCCGUGCUCAUCGUGGUCACCGUGGGCUUCAUCCAGGAGUACCGGUCGGAGAAGUCCCUGGAGGAGCUGAGCAAGCUGGUCCCCCCGGAGUGCAACUGCCUAAGAGAGGGGAAGCUCCAGCACCUGCUGGCGCGAGACCUGGUUCCUGGCGACAUCGUGUCUCUCUCCGUCGGAGACCGGAUCCCUGCGGACAUCCGACUCACAGAGGUCACCGACCUCCUGGUGGACGAAUCCAGCCUCACCGGCGAAGCCGAGCCCUGCAGUAAGACGGACGGCCCCUUGGUGGGCGGGGGCGACCUCAGCUCCCUCAGCAACAUCGUCUUCAUGGGGACCCUGGUGCAGUACGGGAAGGGCCAGGGCGUGGUGAUCGGAACGGGCGAGAAGUCUCAGUUCGGAGAAGUGUUCAAGAUGAUGCAGGCUGAGGAGACACCCAAGACCCCUCUUCAGAAAAGCAUGGACAGGCUGGGCAAGCAGCUCACCCUCUUCUCGUUCGCCAUCAUUGGUCUCAUCGUGCUCGUGGGCUGGUUGCAGGGGAAGCAGCUGCUCAGCGUGUUCACCAUCGGGGUCAGCCUGGCCGUGGCAGCCAUUCCUGAGGGUCUGCCCAUCGUCGUGACGGUCACCCUGGUCCUGGGAGUGCUGCGGAUGGCCAAGCAGAGGGUCAUCGUGAAGAAGCUGCCCAUCGUGGAGACUUUGGGUUGCUGCAGCGUCAUCUGCUCUGACAAGACGGGGACCCUGACAGCCAAUGAGAUGACCGUGACGCAGCUGGUCACCUCCGACGGGCUCCACGCCGAGGUCAGCGGUGUUGGGUACAGUGGCAAAGGGACCGUCUGUCUUGUACCGUCCAAGGAAGUACUCAAGGAAUUUUCCAACAUCUCCGUGGGAAGACUGGUGGAGGCCGGCUGUGUCGCCAACAACGCCGUCAUCAGGGAAAACUGUGUCCUCGGGCAGCCCACGGAGGGUGCCUUGCUGGCCCUGGCCGCAAAGAUGGACCUGGGCGACAGCAGAGACGCGUACGUGAGGAAGCAGGAGAUCCCGUUCAGCUCCGAGCAGAAGUGGAUGGCAGUGAGGUGCAGCGCCAAGAGCGGGGACCAGGACGACAUGUACUUCAUGAAGGGGGCCUUGGAGGAGGUGCUGGGCUCCUGCGCCGGCUACAACCACGGGGGCAUCGCCCUGCCCCUGACGCCACAGCAGCGGGCCUUUUUCCUGCAGGAGGAGACGAGGAUGGCAUCGCUGGGCCUGCGCGUGCUGGCCCUGGCCUCUGGGCCCGAGCUGGGGGCUCUGACGUUCCUGGGUCUCGUGGGCAUCAUCGACCCCCCGAGAGCCGGCGUGAAGGAGGCGGUGCAGGCGCUGUCUGCCUCGGGUGUGGCGGUGACCAUGAUCACGGGGGACGCGCUGGAGACGGCCCUGGCGAUAGGCAGGAACAUCGGGCUGUGCGGCGAGAAGCCACAAGCCAUGUCCGGUGAGGAGGUGGCUGGCACGGAGCUGGCCGAGCUGGCCGAGCGCGUCCGGCAGGUGUCUGUGUUCUUCAGGACCGGCCCGAAGCACAAGCUCAAGAUCAUCAAGGCCCUGCAGGAGUCGGGGGCCGUCGUGGCCAUGACGGGCGAUGGCGUGAAUGACGCGGUGGCCCUCAAGUCGGCCGACAUCGGGAUCGCCAUGGGGAGGACGGGGACGGACGUGAGCAAGGAGGCCGCCAGCAUGGUCCUGGUGGACGACGACUUCUCGGCCAUCCUGAACGCGGUGGAAGAAGGCAAGGGCAUCUUUCACAAUGUCAAGAACUUCGUGCGCUUCCAGCUGAGCACGAGCAUCUCCGCCCUCAGCCUCAUCACCCUGUCCACGGUCUUCAACCUGCCCAGCCCCCUCAACGCCAUGCAGAUCCUGUGGGUCAACAUCCUCAUGGACGGGCCGCCGGCCCAGAGCCUGGGGGUGGAGCCCGUGGACAAGGACGCGCUCGGGCAGCCUCCACGCCGCGUGCAGGACACCAUCCUGGGCCGCGGCCUGCUCCUGCGGAUCCUGCUGUCGGCCGCCGUCAUCAUCGGCGGGACUCUCUUCGUCUUCUGGAAGGAGGUGCCUGCGGACGGAGCCAGCACCCCACGCACCACGACCAUGACCUUCACCUGCUUUGUGUUCUUCGACCUCUUCAACGCCUUGACUUGCCGCUCCCAGACCAAGCUGAUCCUGGAGCUCGGCUUCCUUAGGAACCGCAUGUUCCUCUACUCGGUGCUCGGCUCCAUCCUGGGGCAGCUGGCCGUCGUCUACGUCCCCCCGCUGCAGCGGGUCUUCCAGACCGAGAACCUGGGGGCGCUCGAUCUGCUGCUGUUAACAGGCUUGGCCUCAUCCGUGUUCUUCGUGUCGGAGCUCCUCAAACUGUGUGAAAGGAACCGUCAGCAGGUGCAGCCCUGCCGACAGGCCUCUCCCAGCCGCAGCAUCCUGGCCUUCACUGACAGGAGGCACAGCGAAAGGUUCAGCUGCUAG